AUGUGCGAUCGGAGCCUCUGCCGGCCGGGCUACGUGGGCUCCCUCCUGAACUUGCCCUCUGCCGCCGACUCCUUUUACUUCCCCAACCUGCGAGCUAAUGGAAGCCACCAGCUGGCCGCCUCGUUGCCCGCGCUCUCCUACCCGAGGAGCCCCAUCGCGUGGACUUGCGCCAGCUCCUGCCCAGCUCAGCCGUCCAGCCACGUUCUCAGCGGCUCGACGCAGCCUCCGUCUUACCUCGCCGCAGCCACUGGCUCCCUCACCGGCGUCAGCCUCAACCCCAGCGGCAGCAAAGCCGCCUUGGACGGCCACCACCCCAAGUACUCCGCCCACGAAGCCGCUCCCAAGCAGGACGAGAGAGGCAGGCAGAGCCGGGAAGCUUUGACCGACGACUCGAGUUGCGGGAGAAUGGUGAGGAUGGCGGCGGCGGCGGCGGCGACUCAGGCCAAAGGGCUCAGGUAUGAGCCGAGAAGCCUGCCCAGCGCAUCAGCGUCUCUUUUGAACGCGGAUUCUUCCGCCUCGGGCUUUAUUAAGGAGGACCUCAAGCACGCCGUCAACUUGAACCUGACACUCCCGCCCGCAGCAACCCAGCCAAACCUCAGACCUCCUCUGCAGGACGGUAUGUGCCUUCUCGCUGCUAGAGGAGAGAAUCCCCACCCCACCCAACCCAACCCUCCCCAGCCAAUAAAACCCCAGUCCCUGAGCCUUCACAAAUGUUGCACCCAAACUCCGGUACACUCGGUGAGAUUACUUCCACGGUAAAGCUGUUAGGCCUAUCUGCCUCACCGAUUUCAUUUCCAUGAAAAUCUGGGUAGGAUCGCAGCCGCCAACACCCUAGGCCUGCUCCUGCGUCGGGAGUAAGUCCCUCUGGGUUCAGUGACGCUUGCUCCGGAUGGGACUUCCAUCCCACCCCAAAGCGCAUAAUCCUACAGGCUUAAAUCCUAGAGGAUUAAAAACUGGCUUUCUUGAAAUAGGCUUCCCCACCUCCUUGCCAUAGGCGCGGCUUCCUCCGCGCUUGCGUGAGACCACCCAGGGCAACCGGGUCCCAGCUCGGUCAGAACAAGCGCGCCAAGCAAGAACGAACCAAGCACAAACCCCUUCUCGAUGUGUCUUGUUCUGUUGCAGGUUUGCCCUGGUGCCCCACGCCAGGGAGGUCGAGGAAGAAACGGAAGCCUUACACGAAGCAACAGAUCACCGAGCUGGAGAGCGAGUUCCUCCUCAGCGAGUUCAUCAACCGGCAAAAGCGGAAAGAGCUGUCCAACAGACUGAAUCUGAGCGACCAGCAAGUGAAGAUUUGGUUCCAGAACCGGCGGAUGAAGAAGAAGCGCGUGGUGAUGCGCGAGCAGGCGCUCUCGCUCUACUAG